CGUGACGCACACCGGAAGCGGUCAGGACUGGAAGUGAAACCCCGACCUCACUAACAUCGACAAGCCGGGGAAUAUUGUAAAAAACGACGAAAUGGCACAAUAACCAUGAUGUGCGGAGUCGCUGAAGAAUAGUCAGCUCAGCCAAGAUCUUAGUAACCUCUGGAGUCUGAGUUGUUUGUUUUGGCACCAUAAAGACGCAAGUGGAGUUUCACAGCAGCCGGAUCACUUUAGACUCACUGUCACACACAUCCUGAUCACGUUGAGGAGAAAAGCUUCUGCGGCAUUAUCAUGACGUGUCGGGACCGCACACUUGAGUUCCAGUCGGCUUGUAAGUCCCUGCAGGGGAGACAGUUACAGAAUGGGACUCAUGCUAAACCUGUCAUUAAUGCCCUUAAACAGCGCAGUGACUUCACUCUCAUGGCCAAGAGAAUUGGGAAAGACUUGAGCAACACAUUUGCCAAGCUUGAAAAGCUUACAAUUUUGGCCAAAAGGAAGUCUUUGUUCGAUGAUAAAGCAGUGGAGAUUGAGGAGUUAACGUACAUCAUUAAACAGGACAUCACCAGUCUGAAUAAGCAGAUAGCGCAGCUGCAAGACCUUGUGCGAUCCCGCAGUGGGCAAAAUGGCCGCCACAUCCAGACACAUUCCAACACAAUUGUUGUUUCCCUGCAGUCCAAGCUGGCAUCAAUGUCAAAUGAUUUCAAGUCAGUCCUGGAAGUGAGAACAGAGAAUCUGAAGCAUCAGCGCAGCAGAAGAGAGCAUUUCUCCCAAGCUCCUGUCUCAGCCUCUCCUCUGCUCACCAAUAACUUCAAUAGCUCAGUUCUGAUGCAGGAUGAGUCCAGGAGUCUGGGAGGCGAGGUGGCCAUCGACAUGGGCUCUACAGCAAACCCUCUUCAGCUGCAGCUCAUCGACGAACAGGACUCGUAUAUCCAGAGCCGAGCGGACACCAUGCAGAACAUCGAGAGCACCAUCGUGGAGUUGGGCUCCAUCUUUCAGCAGCUGGCACACAUGGUCAAAGAGCAGGAGGAGACGAUUCAGAGGAUCGACGCCAAUGUGGAGGACACCCAGCUGAAUGUGGAAAUGGCCCACAGCGAGAUACUGAAGUAUUUCCAGUCCGUCUCCUCCAAUCGCUGGCUCAUGAUCAAGAUAUUCCUCGUUCUCAUCGUCUUCUUCAUCAUCUUUGUGGUCUUCUUCGCCUGAGAAGGAACAACCUUGAGUGUAAGAAGAGGUGGAAACAGAGCCAAAGGUUUUGAAGGAAGGAGGAACGGGCGAUGGACUUACGGGCGAAUGUGCAAAAACACAAACACAAGUGGACUGGGACUCUGACUUUCUUUUUUGGGGGGGGGAGGACAAUCUGAUGCUCAUUGGUGGAAGGAUUUUGGUCAGAGUGACUGUCCAUGUUUGACUCUCUCACUCUAGAGGGAAGAGGAUGGUGAUGACGCUGACGAAGGUGGAACUGAGAUUUACUGUGCAUUUAGACCGAGAGGAGGGUGUUCUGAUUCACUCUGUUCUCUUUAAGCUUCAUCUACGUCUACAUUAAUACUUGAGCCUUCGUUUCUCAUUAAUAAUCACAUAUUAAAAGAGAAGGCUUUUCCCCAAAUGGUUUGAUUCUUUAAACUGGUUUAGUUUGUUUUUCUUCAGCCAGUGUUAUUCGUAAUCAUCGAUAACAUUUUUACAGUAAAUUAAUUGACUCUAAUUAUCUUUAUAAAAUGUUCCUGAUAAUAAUAAUCUCUAUUGAUCUGUUUUUAUAUCAAAGUUAUGCAAUUUUUGCCACUUAUGGGUCAUUCUCACAAAGAAAUAUCAGGGUCAUAUUUUACCCCAAAAAUGAAAGGAAAAAAUAUUUUUAGUUUUAAUGUGAAGGAAAAAAAAAUACAAUAUGAUGAAAAUGAUUGUAUAUGGCAUGAUAUAUUUAUUAUUAAUAAACGGAAAUUUAAUUAAAUGCAAUGAUAUACACUACAAACGUACUUUAAAAAUGUGCAAAUGCAUGUGUACAUAUAGAAAUCAUGUAUAUAUUUUUUCAAACAUAAGUCAUGAAAAUUUGGAGGAAUUCAUGCAAAACAAAAAUACUUAUGUUUCUUGUUUGGGUGGUGAAAUAUGAGCCUGGGAUUUCCUGCCAGUUUUCAUGUGAUUCUACCUUCUAGUGUUAAGGCCUUCUGAUUGCCGGCCCUGUAAAUAUGAGGUCUGCAAUAUUAUAUACUGUUUAGAGACUUUGAUGGUUUUUUUUUUUUUUUUUUGAGUUUGAUUCUGCCAAAUACACAAGGAGUUAGAGGAAGUUACCUGGUCGUAUGAUUUUGCUCCACAAGGUGCAAAUGAAGACCAGUAAUAUAGAUUUUAAAAGAGGUUUAAAUGGCCCAAAGAGACUCCAGAUGGUUCUAAAGCUAAAAACUGUUCAUUCAUCACAUUAGGAUGUUUCGUUCCAGAUCUGUGCUGAGACAGUUUCACGUGUUGGUUGUUCUGGAGCUGAACGUCUGGUAAUGAAACCGAUCGGUACAACCUUGGCCUGAUGAAAGUAUUGGCCGACGGCACAAAGAACAAGAUCAGCUCCUUCAUGCUGUGAUGCUGUGAAUAAUGAAACAGGAGGAGGAGCUGCCAGAGAUGAUGUCUUCACUUAGAAACAGCUUUUUCCAGGUCAAACUCUCUCAUUUGCUAAAUCACAGACUUUCUCUCUCCCACACACUCUCAAAUCAAACUCAUGAACGAUGUACAGUGUAUUAUUUAAUAAGCACUUUUUAUGAAGACUCCUGUUUCCAGGCUUUUUUAGCUGAUGAUCUGCAUCUCUUGUAUGAACUGAACAUUGUUGUAAUGUAAGAGCAAACAGUACAUAUUAAUACACAUCUGAGAAGUAGUGUUUCUGGCUAAUGUUGCAUUUGUUGCUAUGACUGUAAUGAUUUUCUGGAGUAAAUCU